AUGAGACCACAGAGACGGAGUGCGCGAGAAGGAACCCCUAGUGAUAACCGAGAGAGAGAACAGGAAACGUUUAUGACUACCAUGAACGCUGUAGCUGAGGCAGUGCGUGAGGCUGCAGUUGCAGCGGCUAGGGCUGUUGACCGUCUUGGAGUGAGAAACAGGAAUGAGAAUGAGCAUGGGGAGGAUAGUAGGAAUGAUGAGAACAACUUAGGGCAUCCUGAAAGACCUAUGACCCUUGCGACCUUUCUAAAGGUUAACCCGCCUAAGUUUAAAGGUACACUCGUUGCGACCGAUGCUGACAACUGGUUUCGAGGUAUCGAACGAUCACUGCGAGCGCAACAUGUUCCGGAAGGCCAACACGUGGAGUUCGCUACUUAUAUGCUGGAAGGAGAAGCGGAGCAUUGGUGGCAGGGGAUACAGCGACUACUGCAACAGAAUGAAAAUGACAUUCCUUGGGAUACCUUUAGGGAUGAAUUUUAUAAGAAGUAUUUCCCGAGAGCAGCACGUGAUGCCAAGGAGAUGGAGCUUAUGCAGCUGAAACAAGGGGAUAUGACUAUUGCUGAGUAUGCCCGACUCCGAGAAGAACUGAUGAAUUCUGUUGUUCCGCUAGAAAUACGAAAUUUUGCUGAACUAGUGAAUAAAAGUAAACUAGUGGAAGAAUGUUCAAAGAAGUUGGCGAUAGCUCGAGCAAGUCGUAGGGAGGAUUUACAAAGAGACUUUGUUCAGAAUUUAGCCCCUCAAGGUCACAACUUCAAAGCCAUUGGUCAAUUCCAGCAUUGGAAUGGAAACCACCGAGCUGUCAGCCUUCUAACUUGCAAUAAUGGUAGUGACAAUAACCGUGACAUUCGACAAGGACAUGAGAGUCAACCUCAUCAAGCUCAUAAUGGUGUAAUAUGCCCAACUUAUGGAAAGAACCAUGGUAGUAGGCUUUGCCGGGUUAGAACAGGUUUAUGUUACUAUUGUAAUAAGGAAGGACAUCGGGCAAGAGACUGUCGAAAAAGAAUGGUAGAUGAGUCUGCUGGCAACACUAUAAAGUUUGGAUCUAUCGCUCGAGGUAAGUUCUAUGCUAAGAAUUUGCUUAAGUCAGAUAUCAUUGAAACUUUUUACCUACGCCUCAAAUUUUGA